UUUUCUACUAAUGUUUCUGUAAAAUCAAUUUCCACGCUGUUUACACGAUUGUGAAUAUACGUACAAUGUUUUUAGGACUGAAUAAACCUGAAGUUCCUCGCAACUGUUCCAUCCUUCGACACACGAUCGUGGAGGGGGUGGAAGAGUUGCCAUACGGUUGAAGAUUGCUUUUUCUUCUUUUAAACAGAGGGACAUUGUGCUUCACUUAAAAGUACAAUUUUUUAAAAUCAAUGUUUAUUUUUUAUUAAAGUAAAAUUUUAAAGAGAAAUUGGACCACAGUGUUCCCCGCAAUAUUUGUAUGAUAACAUUUGCCGAACGUAAGCACGUCCCAGCAUACCCAUGAACAUUUAUUGAUUCACACCGUAAGGUCCGGUCGCGAUCCGCUCUCGCUUCAGCCCCGGUUUUGAGUGGAGCUGGAGCGAAAGCCAAGGAUGAGAACAGUGAUCGCCUAUGUGAAAGUCCUGCAGCUCAUGCUCCACUCCAGUCUAGACUCAGCCUAUAAGCAGUAAUGUUGGACUAGACUCAGCCUAUAAGCAGUAAUGUCACAUUUUGUCCUAUGAAAACAUGGAUAAUCAAAAGAAAACACCACAAUGGGAUCAUGCAAAAAGUAGCUGAAAUGUUAAUAGAAUUAGUGAAAAGCAAACCAGAACUAUACGACCUCACUUCGUUGCACUAUAAUGAUAAUGUGGUGAAAAGAAGAUGCUGGGAUGAAGUAAGCUGGGAACUGGGUUGCGCAGGAUCUAAGUGUAAGGAAUGCUGGGAAAGCCUGCGAUCACAGUAUCGUAAACACAAAAAUAAGAAAACAAAGAGUGGGCGGGGUGCUGCUAAUAGCCAGAAAUGGAAGUAUGAAGAUCAAAUAUCAUUUUUGUCUGCAUUUAUGAAGGACAGAACACGAGUUACAUCUCUGCAACAGGCUGGAAGUGACUCAGAAAAUUCAAAUUAUGCAGAACACGAUGGCACACAAGAAGUAUGCUGUGGACAAGAAAGAGAAGAAAAGGACGAGGGUGUUUGUGUUGUACAAACUGCACACGUUACACUCCCUCAGCAAGAACAUCUCAAACAUAAAAGAAAAAUAGAAAAAAACAAUACGGCAUCUGCUACUCUUAUGAGAUACUUAUUAGAAAACAAGAAGGAAGAACAGGCCCCGGAACCGAUAGAUACCUUCUUUUCAUUGAUGGCAACUACUGUCAAGAAAUUCAGUCCAGCUGAUCAACAUUUUAUCAAAACAAAAGUGUUUUUAUUAGUUAGUGAAAUUGAAGGAAAAUACAUUCAUGACCAAAAUGCACAAGCAUAUGCACCAAUAGCACAAAAUGCACGCCCCCAACCUUCGGCAUCACCUGCUCUGUCACAGUACUCUACUUCCUCAUCCAGAAGUAGUCAACCUAUACAACAAUUGCAACAAGCAGAACAAUGCCAGGAGCACAUCCAAGGGAUGCCAUCACCUCUGCAGCCUGCAUGCAAGUCACAGGAUCUUUCUGCUUUCCCUUCAUGAUAAUUUACAGACAAUGUAACAAUAAAAGGAAUAAAAGUUUGAGCUGCACUCCAAAAUAACUCUC